CCGGGGUAAGAAACAUGGCACCUUCCUCCGCUUUCGCUUUGACAACAUAAGCCCACUGGCGUCGUUAAUAUCGCACCGAUGAUGGGACAAGGCCUGGUAGCGUCUCAACCUCGGAUUGCUACGUUAGUUUCUCGGGUCCUUUCGCUACUGGAGACGCUCAUUUCCGCUGUGGACGACGGCGCUCCCGAGGGCGCAACCGUCGUCUCUCAUAUCGCGCGGUUCAAGCUAUGGGUCGGAAGUUUGGGCGCCCAUCGUCUCUCUGGGAGUCGUUCUCUCGAAUACCGACUUCGCGAUGCGUCGUCAAUCAGGAACCACGUCAUCUCGCUGCUGCAGGAUUUAUGCGAUUCCGUGGAUGAAGGAGUCUCCGCGGCAAACGAAACAAGCGUAAAGGCACCUUUAAAUAAAGACGAUGGAGACGCAGUUGGAUACUCGACCGACGCUGAACUAGAGGAGUAUUUUCGGAACGACAAUACUCGCGGAGCUUCCGAACUAGGCGAUAUCCUCGACGAGAUCGGGCACACUGUUGAUUGUCUACUGAGGCUGUCGAUAACGAUUCGAAACCCUGCACCGCAUGAUCACUUCAAGUCCAGAGCCGGGGCAGAACUCGCCGACCUCUACGAACCCUGGGAUGUCGGGCACGUCCGAGGGAAGUUCCCAAAGGCGGAACCUGCAAUCGCCGAGAGGCUAGGGAAGGCCAUAUCGCGCAGAAGGCAGUACUUCAAGUACCGAGAGGAGCAUGCCCACAAACUUGCCGAAGGGAUGGACGAAGGGGUGGGAGAGGCUAGCGAGGCGGUAGAGGAAGCUAGCGAGGGCGGCGAGCGAGAGAAGGCAACAACGAUUGCCUCCUCGAUCCCUAACCACCUCAAAGGACUCGAGACGACGGAAGAUAUUGCCAGAUUUGACGACAGCGAGUCCAACGUCUCCAAGACUUCAUACGCCCUAUCCACCGCUGACGAAGGUCUACUUCGUAUACCUCCCCUGCCAAAGGAGCAUGCCCAAGGGCCCUUUAAAUGCCCAUUUUGCUGCAUGAUUGUCUCGAUUCACACAAGGUACGACUGGAAGAAGCAUGUAUUUCGAGAUCUGCGGCCGUACAUCUGUUUGUCCAGUUCGUGUGCGACAGCCGAGCAGCAGUACCUACGACGGAGCGAUUGGAUUGACCACAUGAAGCAAGAUCACUGGAGGACAUGGAGCUGUCCCUUCAACUGCUUACCCCCGUUCCACUCAAAACUAGAGUUUGGCGCGCAUAUCAAGGAAGCUCAUGGAAGGGAGGCGCGAAGCUUGGAUACGCUCGAAAGUCUGAGUAGCCAGCUUGAUCUGACCAAAACGAAGGCGGAGUGCCCGCUCUGUCUUGCCUUUAAGAUCACAUCGGACAAACAUUACGCCUCACACGUUGCAGCGCACCUCGAGCAGCUCGCACUCUUUCCUCUACCUAGCACGAGUGCAGGAGGGGAGGACAGCGAUGGCGACGACAGCGAGAGCAACAAAGAAGUGGGCAGUCAAGACAAAUCGGGCAGCUUUGACAGCGACAACAGAAAUUCUGAUGUCAAGAGCUCCCUUAGCGGCGGAGAGAGCGGCCGCAUAUUUGCGAAUCCUGGCACUAAUGUGGGACCUUACCCCCGUUCCGACAGCAACGAAGGCAGUGAUAGCGGAUUUUCAAGGCGGCCCACGCUAGGAGAAUUGCAUGCGUCGCUAUAUGACCAAACCGACGAAGUCGAGGGCCGCAAACAGUCGUGGCUCGACGACAUCCCAGCGACGAAGGCUGCGGGGAAUGUCCAAGGGCGCCCCAAAGAUGGACUGAACCAUGCCCGGCGCAAUUCUGACCCCGGCGGCGAGAAGCGGGAGCGCGAUGCGGAAAGUAACAUAUAUACCUCGCGUCGUGGCAUCGAGACUCGCCAUAGCAUUGUAAGGGACUGGGUCAUCAUAGACGUGCCCCCCGGCACAGAGCGUGUGCGCCUGGACGGUGCAGGCGGUACCUCGGCCCAAGUCACCUGGCAGAAAUACAGCGGCGUGCGGCGCUGUCGAUUCAUCCCCGGCCGCGACGACGGGGACUCUCCUGAUCACCCGCCGCCGACCUCGAAGCGUCGCGAGAUCUGGACCGAGAUCACUAAGGAUUUGAUCAUUCGCGAGGCUAUCGAAGAGGUGGGCUAUGACUACGAAGAGACUGAGUACUUCUUUUACAUCAUGGAAUAUCUCAUAUAUGAUGAUGUUUUACGACUGGUAGCGCUUUCCGAUGCCGUUCGCCGGGCCCCUACGGACCGUGUCCAGCAUCACGUAGGGCCGCGAGUAUAGGGACCAGUGAAACCGGGAGUAUCGCAUCCCGGCUGAUCCGCACCACGACGACGAUGGCGGCCGGGGUAGGUAGACCACAUGACGAUGGCAGUAGGACUACUGAAAUCACUGCAUGCUCGAGCAGCGCGGCUCGAGGUACUAUUAUUACCGCCUAUAAACGUACUGAGUCGAGUUAUCUGGUGACGAAUAGCAAGAUGGCCAUAGAAAAUAUGCUCGAGUUGAAG